AUGGCUGGUACCUGUAAGUCUGCGGUUAUGAUUGGUACCUGUAAGUCUGAGGUUAUGGUUGGUACCUGUAAGGCUGAAGUUAUGGUUGGUACCUGUAAGGCUGUGGUUAUGGCUGGUACCUGUAAGGCUGUGGUUAUGGCUGGUACAUGUACGUUUGCGGUUCUGGUUGGUACCUGUAAGGCUGAGGUUAUGGCUGGUACCUGUAAGUCUGCGGUUAUGGUUGGUACCUGUAAGGCUGAGGUUAUGGUUGGUACCUGUAAGUCUGAGGUUAUGGUUGGUACCUGUAAAGCUAAGGUUAUGGUUGGUACCUGUACGUUUGCGGUUGUGGUUGGUACCUGUAAGGCUGAGGUUAUGGUUGGUACCUGUAAGGCUGAGGUUAUGGUUGGUACCUGUAAGGCUGUGGUUAUGGCUGGUACCUGUAAGGCUAUGGUUAUGGCUGGUACCUGUAAGUCUGAGGUUAUGGUUGGUACCUGUAAGUCUGAGGUUAUGGGUGGUACAUGUAAGGCUGAGGUUAUGGCUGGUACCUGUAAAUCUGUGGUUAUGAUUGGUACCUGUAAGGCUGAGGUUAUGGCUGGUACCUGUAAGGCUGAGGUUAUGGCUGGUACCUGUAAGGCUGGGGUUAUGAUUGGUACCUGUAAGUCUGUGGUUAUGGUUGGUACCUGUAAGGCUGAGGUUAUGGUUGGUACCUGUAAGGCUGGGGUUAUGAUUGGUACCUGUAAGUCUGUGGUUAUGGUUGGUACCUGUAAGGCUGAGGUUAUGAUUGGUACCUUUAAGGCUGAGGUUAUGGCUGGUACCUGUAAGGCUGUGGUUAUGGCUGGUAACUGUAAGUCUGAGGUUAUGGUUGGUACCUGUAAGUCUGAGGUUAUGGUUGGUACCUGUACGUCUGCGGUUAUGGUUGGUACCUGUAAGUCUGAGGUUAUGGGUGGUACCUGUAAGACUGGGGUUAUGGUUGGUAACUGUAAGACUGGGGUUAUGGUUGGUACCUGUAAAGCUAAGGUUAUGGCUGGUAACUGUAAGGCUGUGGUUAUGGCUGGUAACUGUAAGUCUGAGGUUAUGGUUGGUACCUGUAAGGCUGUGGUUAUGGCUGGUAACUGUAAGGCUGUGGUUAUGGCUGGUAACUGUAAGUCUGAGGUUAUGGUUGGUACCUGUAAGGCUGUGGUUAUGGCUGGUAACUGUAAGGCUGUGGUUAUGGCUGGUAACUGUAAGUCUGAGGUUAUGGUUGGUACCUGUAAGACUGAGGUUAUGGCUGGUACCUGUAAGUCUGAGGUUAUGGUUGGUACCUGUAAGGCUGAGGUUAUGGUUGGUACCUGUAAGACUGGGGUUAUGGUUGGUAUGGUUGGUACCUGUAAGUCUGAGGUUAUGGUUGGUACCUGUAAGGCUGUGGUUAUGGCUGGUACCUGUUAG